ACAAGGCCGUUUCUCCCUGCAAAACCCUAGAACUUCUCACGAUCUCAAUCUAUCUUCCAACCCGACAAAUCCCUUUAAUCUCACAAAUUCUCUUCUGGGGUUCUCAUCCCACCGUCCAAAAUGCAUCUUUUAGUCCUAUCCCCUUCAAAUCUCAGCCCCAAUCUCACCCUCUUCCCAUCUUCUGCCCAUUUGGACCGCUCAUUCAAUUCACACAGCUGCUCUACCAAAAGGCCAUCAAAUUCAAAUUCUGGAAAUGGGUUUUGUAAUUCCCAGAAAAUUCUGUCUGGAUACACCUCUUGUUUGAAAGAUCACACCACUGUGGAUGGUUUUUAUGUCAGGGGGAUGCUUGGGCUAGCAAGAGAAUGCAAUGCAGGAAGGGCCUCAAAUUCAAAUUCUGGAAUUGGGUUUUGUAAUUCCCUCAAAAUGGUAUAUGAAUCUCCCUCUGUUUUGAGAAUUCACAACAAUUUCAAUGGCUCUUACAUGAGAUCUGUUGAGCUGACAAAUGACUGUUACAGCACAAGGUCCUCGGAUUCACAUUCUGGAAUUGGGUUUUGUAAUUCCCACAAGAUGGGGUCCGAAUCUCCCCUUCUUUUGAAAAAUCACUGCAUUUUCAAUGGUUCUUACAUGAGGAGGUCUACUGAGCUAGCAAAAAACCGUUAUGGCAAAGGGGUCUCCAAUUCAAACUCUGGAGGUCGGUUUCCCCAAAAAAUAGUAUUUGAGUCUUCAUCUUUUCUUAAAGAUUACAGCAAUUUGAAUGGUUUUUCUAUGAGAUGCUGUUUUAAAAGGGCCUCAUGUUGUAAUUCCGGCACUGGGUUUUGCUCUUCUCACAAUGGAGAAUUUGAAUAUCCUUCUGUUUUGAAACAUGACAGCAAUUUGAAUGCUUUUUGUGUGAGGAGAUGUGUUGGAUUGGCAAAAGACACCUCAGUAUCUGAUUUUAGAAAUUGGCCUUUUAGUUCUAACAAAAGGGUAUCCAAAACGCAUUCCAGUCGUAGAAAUCUUGGCCAUUUGAGUGGUAUCAGAUGUGAGGGAGUUGGAGAGAGAGAUGAUAGCUUUUAUAUGAGGAGGUGCGUUGAGGUUGCAAGGAAGGCUGUUGGGUGCACAAGUCCUAAUCCAAUGGUGGGGUGUGUGAUUGUGAAGAAUGGAGAGAUUGUGGGUGAGGGGUUUCAUCCAAAGGCAGGGCAGCCACAUGCUGAGGUUUUUGCUCUGAAGAAUGCUGGGGUCUUGGCCGAAAAUGCAACAGCCUAUGUGAGCUUAGAACCAUGUAACCAUUAUGGAAGAACUCCUCCCUGCUCCGAAGCAUUGAUUCGAGCUAAGGUAAAACACGUGGUCAUCGGAAUGGUGGACCCAAAUCCAAUUGUAGCUUCAAAGGGAGUGGAGAGACUGAGAGAAUCAGGAAUUGAAGUUACAGUAGGAGUCGAGGAAGAGCUGUGUCAGAAGCUUAAUGAGGCAUAUAUCCAUCGAAUGCUUACAGGGAAGCCGUUCGUUACACUGAGAUACUCUCUCUCAUUCAAUGGGCGGAUUAUGAAUCACCUCAGCAAAGGAGCAGAAGAGUCCGGUGGAUACUACUCACAGUUGCUACAGGAAUAUGAUGGUGUCAUCAUUUCCAGCACCUCACUGGCCGAAAACUCCACCUUCCCAGCAUCUCAAGAAGCAGGCGCCAAUCAACCACUCCGGAUUAUAAUAUCAGCGGCUUCAAAUUCGCCAUUGCGUCUCCCUACUCUCACCACCGAGGCCAGCAGCCCGACUAUUGUUUUUGCAGAUAAAAGUACAGUCGUGGACCCCACAACAGGGCAUAACUUGGGUCGGUUGGGAAUCGAGACGGUGGUGUUGGAACGGAUGGAUUUGAGCGCAAUCCUUGACUAUUGCGGCCACCGUGGUUUGUGUAGUGUUUUAUUGGAUUUGAGAGGGGAUUUCAGUGAGAUUCUUGAAAUGGGUUUUGAGGGGGGCCUCUUCCAGAAAGUGGUGAUGGAAGUAUGCCCGGUUUGGGAUGAAAUUGUAGAGAGUUCGUCAGCGCUGGCAUUGAAGAGUGUUGGGAGGAAAUCAAUGGGAUUGAAGGAUCUGCAAUCAAGGAUCUCAAAGGGGAGUGUUGUGGUGGAGGGCUAUAUUUAGGUAGAGCUGGUGGGGCCCACAAAGAUGAGAUUGUUCUGACGUGUCAUCCAUCGGGACAGAAUUGGGGUGGGGUCGGGCAAGCAUGGAUUGGAGUACAAUCGAGAGGAAAAGAAAAUGCAGAUGAGCAUUGUAUGUAUACUCGUUCUGUUUGUUUUCUCUUCUUCUUCUUCUUUUUUUUUGGUCUCAAUAGGCAAUGUUAUAGUGUUAGCAUCGGAUGAUGAUCCAAUGUGGGGCCCCUUUCCUGCUAGGGUGUGCCCAGCAUCUGUAUGAGGUUUUUGCAUCACAAUAUGAAAAGCGUACAGGGUUCUUUGUGGGCAAUGGUCGCAAACAUUCGAACAGGAGUUCCCAUGAAUUCGAGCUUCCGUGGGGCCCACCUGAUGUUUGUGUGAAAUCCAGACCGUUCAUCAGAUACGCCUUAUUUUCUCCGUGCAUCUCAACAAGCAGGCUGAUCCAAAACUCAGGUGGGCCACACCAAGGGGGAAAUUGUUAAAUCACACCUAAAACUCUAAAUUCACAAGCUGUGGCCUGCUUUAGUUACGAAAUGGUCUGAUUUUUGGGGUGUCCCUUCUUCCUAAUGGGCACGCUGAUGACUGGAUGAAUAUAAGACAGCAUGUUCUGUUCCAUGCCCAAUCUGAAAGUGUCUAUGGCAGACAUCCCACUCUCCAUUGUUCCCCAUUGUUCCCUGUAGUGUGGCCCACUCAAGUUUUUUAUUUGGUUUUUGUUCGGGCUCUUGGCCUAAUUAGCAUGGGAGGGUGGAUCUUAUGGACAGAUUCAAUGACGCGAACACAUUAGUGGGCCCCACGCAACUCAAACGGAUGAGGACUUGCAUUCAUUUAGAUGUAUGCAAUCAUUCUCCUCCUACACUGAUCUUAGAAGCAAAUUGCCUCAUCUAUUUUCUUCCUUUUUUCGGGUUUUCCUAGUUUUCUGUUCUACCCAACACUAGUGAUGUAAAUGUCGUUCUAAAUAGUCUUAUGAUAAUAUAUAGAGAGCUUUUAAGUGAUU